AUGGUGAAAGAUAAAGCAAUAAUCACACGCACCGACGACCGUAGGAAGCUUCGUAUGCUGGAGGCUGUGUUCAUAACGGGAGCUGACACAAGUAAUCAACAUCCAGAUGAAUUCGGCUUCGAGCAUACAGAUGUUCGAUGGUCCUCCAUUGAUCUGGAGGGAAAUUCGCUGUGUUUGUGUCAGGGCUGUGUUUGUGUCAGAGCUGUGUUUGUGUCAGAGCUGUGUUUGUGUCAGGGCUGUGUUUGUGUCAGGGCUGUGUUUGUGUCAGAGCUGUGUUUGUGUCAGUGCUGUGUUUGUGUCAGGGCUGUGUUUGUGUCAGAGCUGUGUUUGUGUCAGAGCUGUGUUUGUGUCAGGGCUGUGUUUGUGUCAGGGCUGUGUUUGUGUCAGAGCUGUGUUUGUGUCAGUGUUGUGUUUCUUGCUGUGUUUGUAUCAAAGCUGUGUUUGUGUCAGAGCUAUGUUUGUGUCAGGGCUGUGUUUGUGUCAGAGCUGUGUUUGUGUCAGAGCUGUGUUUGUGUCAGGGCUGUGUUUGUGUCAGGGCUGUGUUUGUGUCAGAGCUGUGUUUGUGUCAGAGCUGUGUUUGUGUCAGGGCUGUGUUUGUGUCAGAGCUGUGUUUGUGUCAGGGCUGAGUUUGUGUCAGAGCUGUGUUUGUGUCAGUGCUGUGUUUGUGUCAGAGCUGUGUUUGUGUCAGGGCUGUGUUUGUGUCAGAGCUGUGUUUGUGUCAGAGCUGUGUUUGUGUCAGGGCUGUGUUUGUGUCAGUGCUGUGUUUGUGUCAAUGCUGUGUUUGUGUCAGUGCUGUGUUUGUGUCAGUGCUGUGUUUGUGUCAGAGCUGUGUAUGUGUCAGCGCUGUGUUUGUGUCAGAGCUGUGUUUGUGUCAGGGCUAAUGCUGUGUUUGUGUCAGAGCUGUGUUUGUGUCAGAGCUGUGUUUGUGUCAGGGCUGUGUUUGUGUCAGUGCUGUGUUUGUGUCAGAGCUGUGUUUGUGUCAGUGUUGUGUUUGUGUCAGUGCUGUGUUUGUGUCAAUGCUGUGUUUGUGUCAAUGCUGUGUUUAUGUCAGUGCUGUGUUUGUGUCAGUGCUGUGUUUGUGUCAGAGCUGUGUUUGUGUCAGAGCUAAGUUUGUGUCAGUGCUGUGAUUGUGUCAGUGCUGUGUUUGUGUCAGAGCUGAGUUGGUGUCAGAGCUAA